AUGGCGGACGGGGAGCGCUCGCCGCUGCUGCCGCCCGAGGCGGGGCCGGGCCCGGGCGGGGCCGCGGCCGCCGCCGGCGGAGGGGCGGGGCCAGGCGAGGCCCCGCCCCCUUUCUCGCCGCUGGGCAGCCCCGAGGCGGCGGGGGCGGGGCCGCCGGCGGUCACGUGCCGCGUGUGCCAGCGGCCAAUCAGCGUGGAGGGGAAGGCGCAUCAGCACGUGGUCAAGUGCGGGGGGUGUGGCGAGGCCACGCCAAUCCGCACGGCCCCCGGCGGGAAGAAGUAUGUGCGGUGCCCCUGCAACUGCCUGCUGGUGUGCCGCGCCUCGGCCCAGCGCAUCGCCUGCCCCCGGCCUUACUGUAAGCGCAUAAUCAACCUGGGCCCGGUGCACUCGGGGGCGCCCAGCCCGGACCCUCCCCCCGGCGGGGUGCGCGUGGCCUGCGCCCACUGCGGCGGCCCCUUCCUGUGGGCGGAGCUCCCCGACCGCUCGCUGGCCCGCUGCCCGCACUGCCGCAAGGUGUCUGCGAUUGGCCGGCGGUUCCCGCGGCGCCGCUGCCUCUGCUGCCUGCUGGGGGCGCUGCUGAUGGGCGGGGCCGCCGCAGGGCUGGCGGCCGGCACGUGGUGGCUGUGGCGGCGGGCGCGGUGGGUGCCGGCGGCGUGGGCGGUGCUGGGGGCGGGCGCGGGGGCGUGUCUGCUGCGGGCGGCCUAUUGGGGCUGCGUGCGCGUCAGCCAGCCCCUCCCCCCGCGGGCCUGACCACGCCCACCCAUCGUGGGACACGCCCACCCAUCGCGGGACACGCCCACCCAUCGCGGGACACGCCCCGUUGGUUAUCGGGCAGUUAACCCACCCCCGGCCCCGCCCCCUUCCGCAUGGCCCCGCCCUCCCGCAUGCCUCGGGCCCCGCCCCCUUGUACAUAAGCCCCGCCCCCUUGUACAGCAUUAUUUAUUCAUGGCCACGCCCACUGGGGGGCGCGGGCCCGGUGUGUAAAUAAACCCAAAAAUCCCAGGUUUCACCCCAAAA